UUCUCUUUCCCGUCUUGCAAGGUAGGAAUGGCGGGCGUCUGUGUGGCAGCGGCUUUCGGGACCCCAAUCCUCGUCCAUCCGAAAUUGGGGGACAUCCGGGGAUCACUACCCAGGGCCGCCUAUGGUCGGGAUCAUUCGCCAGAUCUCUCGGGAGCUUCAUUUCUGUCAGCGUGGGUUGGCGGGGGGCUAAGAACGAGCGUAGCGCCCGAGAUGGUCGCUGGGCCCUGCCGGCUGCCGUAACCUGGGGAGGGUUGGAGGGCCUGUGUUGCGACUUGCGACCCUGCAGUGGGGGUUCCAGAACCUUCUGUUGAGCCUGUCUUGGCCACGUUGGGCUUCGCGACUGAAGAUGGCGGGUGAAAAAGCGCCUGAUACAAAGGAGAAGAAACCUGCGGCCAAGAAGGCUGGCAGUGAUGCUGCUGCCUCCCGGCCCCGGGCCGCCAAAGUAGCCAAAAAGGUUCACCCUAAGGGUAAAAAGCCCAAGAAGGCGAAGCCCCAUUGCAGCCGAAACCCUGUCCUGGUGAGAGGAAUUGGCAGGUACUCCCGAUCUGCUAUGUACUCCAGGAAGGCCUUGUACAAAAGGAAAUACUCGGCUGCCAAGACCAAGGUUGAGAAGAAGAAGAAAAAAGAGAAGGUCCUUGCUACUGUCACCAAAACAGUUGGUGGGGACAAGAACGGUGGCACCCGGGUGGUGAAGCUUCGAAAAAUGCCUAGGUAUUAUCCCACCGAAGAUGUUCCUCGGAAGCUGCUGAGCCACGGCAAGAAGCCCUUCAGCCAGCACGUGAGAAGGCUACGCUCCAGCAUCACUCCCGGAACUGUCCUGAUCAUCCUCACUGGGCGCCACAGGGGCAAGAGAGUGGUUUUCCUGAAGCAGCUGGACAGUGGCUUGCUGCUUGUGACUGGGCCUCUUGUCAUCAACAGAGUUCCUCUGCGCAGAACACACCAGAAGUUUGUCAUUGCCACCUCUACAAAAGUUGAUAUCAGCGAUGUUAAAAUCCCCAAACACCUGACUGACGCUUACUUCAAGAAGAAGCAGCUGCGCAAGCCCAGGCAUCAGGAGGGCGAGAUCUUCGACACAGAGAAGGAGAAAUACGAGAUUACAGAGCAGCGAAAGGCUGACCAGAAAGCUGUGGAUUUGCAGAUUUUGCCAAAGAUUAAAGCUGUUCCUCAGCUCCAGGGCUACCUGCGCUCUCAGUUUUCCCUGACAAACGGGAUGUAUCCUCACAAACUGGUCUUCUAAAUUGUUAACCUAAUUAAACAGCUUCAUAGGUUC